AUGCUGAUCAAGGUCCGCACACUCACCGGCAAGGAGAUCGAGUUGGAUAUUGAGCCCGACUAUAAGGUCUCUCGGAUAAAGGAGCGCGUCGAGGAGAAGGAGGGUAUCCCCCCGGUCCAGCAGCGACUCAUAUUCGGCGGCAAGCAAAUGGCGGACGACAAGACGGCGGCUGAAUACAACCUCGAGGGUGGCGCCACGCUUCACCUUGUGCUCGCCCUGCGUGGUGGAUGCGAUGCGAUGUAA